AUGGAAGAAUCUAUCAUACAACGCAUACUAUAUCAGAGGAACAGGCAGUCACAGGAUGAAGAAAAAUGGAUUGUAGACCUGAAGAAGUACUUGGACGGGGAGGUGAAUGCCUUGACGGCAGGAGAGGCGAAGGCAUGUUCGAAGAUUGCUGCGAAUUAUGAAGUAGACGAAAAUGGGCUGCUCUUCUUUUGCCCCAAAACGCUGCAACGAGACGAAGACCACGAUGUCGUCGUCAGGAUGGUAGUACCCGAUAGCUUGCAACGAGAUUUCCUUCAUCAUUACCAUGCCGGUCUAGAAGGGACCAUCAAGGUGUCGGAAGGAUGUACCGGAGGAUUCAAGCGAACUUUCACUGGCGCGGAUUGUAUCGAAGCGUACAACGUUACGUGGGUGAGUACACCAGUUGUUAAACCGGGAAGGAAAAGCCAACGGGUCAGGGAGAGUCACCAGGGAAUAUACAGGGUGAUCUCCAUGGACCACAUCCCGUCAUUGCCGAAGUCGUUCAAGGGGAACACCGAAUUGCUGAUUUGGGCCGACUUGUUCACGGGCUAUGUAAUCGCCAAAGCUGGACCGUCGAGAGAGACGCAAGCAGCCGAGAAUUACGAAGAAUGUGUCUUCCGUCUUUUAGGCGCAAGCGAAGUCAUCAGGCAUGAUCGAGAGCCGGGCUUUACACUUUUCCGUGAUUUCAACCGUAUCGUGAAGAUGAGGCAGAGCGCAACAAUGUCUUAUCGUCCACAAGGGAACGGCAAGGCCGAGCGGACGGUACAAAUACUGACACGAGCCCUGAAGAUGUAUGUUGCAGAUGUCAACCAACAAGAUUGGGACGACUAA